AUGUUGAUUGAAUCCCAGACCCAGCCAGACAACAGCUCGAGCUCAAGCUCGCGCUCGCGCUUGGCGGGCCUGCCAGAAGCCGCUGUCGACGAAAUCUUCGCCCUCAACCAUGCCUAUGCCACCGACACGCAUCCGGACAAAGUCAGCCUAGGCAUUGGCGUCUACCGCACCCCCGACGGCAAGCCGUGGCCGCUGCCCUCGGUGCAGAAGGUCGAGGAGGAGCUGCUGCACGAAAACGACCCCUUCCGCCACGAGUACCUGCCCAUCGAGGGUGACCAGGUCUUUCUCGACCUGGCCCGCGACCUGAUGUUUGGUUUCAAGCACGACAAGGCGCUCGAGACGCCCGCCGAGAAGGAAGCGAAGCGCCGCAUCGCCUCCGUGCAGACCAUCUCCGGCACCGGCGCCAACCACGUCGGCGCCGUGUUUCUCGCCCAGCACCUCAAGCCCAAGCACGUCUGGAUCUCCAGCCCCUCGUGGCCCAACCACCAGACCAUCUGGGACCUGCAGGGCGUGCCGCGGAAGAGCUACCCGUACUUUGACGCCGCGACGCGUUCGUUCGACUUCGAAGGCACCAUGCGGACGUUGGAGGCCGAGGCCGAGGAAGGCGACGUGAUCGUCCUGCACGCCUGCGCCCACAACCCCACGGGCAUCGACCCGACCAAGGAGCAGUGGAAGGCCAUCGCUGACCUCUGCCAGCGGAAGGGCCUCUUCCCGUUCUUCGACUCGGCCUACCAGGGCUUCGCGUCGGGUUCCGUGGACGAGGACGCCUGGGCGGUGCGGUACUUCUUCAACCUGGAGCCGCGCAUGGAGAUGUGCGUGGCGCAGAGCUUCUCCAAGAACUUUGGCCUGUACGGUCAGCGCGUGGGGGCGUUCCACCUCGUGACGAACGGCGAGACGGACCAGCAGCUCGUCGCCAAGAACCUGUGCCAUAUCAUCCGCGGCGAGUACUCGAUGGCGCCGCGGGCCGGCAGCACGAUCGUGAAGCGGAUCCUGGGCGAUGAGCAGCUGCGCGCGGCCUGGCAGCGAGACUUGGACGUCAUGAGCUCGCGGAUUAAGAAGAUGCGGCGGGCGCUGUAUGACGAGUUGGUGCGGCUGAAGACGCCGGGGAACUGGGAGCACAUCAUCAAUCAGAACGGAAUGUUCUCCUACACCGGCCUCACGCUGCGACAGGUGCUGGCCCUGAGGGAGCAGUACCACAUCUACCUGCUUAAGUCGGGCCGGGCGUCGAUCAGUGGAUUGAGCGACAACAACGUCGCCUAUGUGGCGAAGGCGAUUGAUGAUGUUGUCCGGACGUGGGGCAUUAUAGGUAUUAUUGUUAUUUGA